AUGCUCCAGGCGCUUGAAGCGAAGGAGGAGGAGCUGAAGCAUGCGACUGCUGAGCUGGAGAUGGUGAAGGAACGUCUCAGCAAUGGAGCCCUAUUGGAGGAAUCGUUCAGGCAACAUCCUGACUUCGAUGGAUUUGCCAAAGACUUCUCUGACGCGGGCUGCAACUUAUUCAUCAAGUCAUGGGCUCACAUUUGCAAACUGCUCAAAACGGAUAGUCCUUUUUGUGGUUUGCCACAAGAACUGACCCCUGCAUUCGAAAGAGGUCCCAAUAUCCUCCAAAACCCAUUUGAUUUCGUGCCCAAAGACAGAAGCUUGAGCUACAACGACUCAAUCUCUACGCCUCCAUCCGACUGGGUCCGAGCCUCGUUCGAGCUAACCCCAACACACAUACAAAAACUGAAGAAAAGGGUAUUGGAGGAAGUAGAUGAAGAAGAACAGGAAUUGCAUUUGUCGACGUUUGUGGUUGGUUAUGCGUAUGUGCUGACGUGUACGAUCAAAGCAAAGAAAGAGGAGUGUAAAGAACACAUGUACAUUACAUUGGCUGCAGAUGUGAGGGGGCUAUUGGAUCCUCCAGUUUCGAGCAACUAUUUUGGUAACUGCAUCAUCCACCCGGGAGGGAAGAUGAUGGAAGCAACAGACUUUGCAAAUAUGGCCAAGAAAAUUAGCCAUCUGAUUUUGGAUUUGACAAGAAGUAGUCGUGAAUUGAUGCCAUGUAAACGACCUGAUGAUGAUGACCUAGAGCACCAACGGCAACGGGCUCACGAAUUUUUAUCAAAAGUGGAAGUUUUUUCAGUCGCAGCUUCUCCAAAGUACAAGCUUUACGAAACGGAUUUCGGGUGGGGAAACCCCAUCAAACUGAGCUCGUUACGUUGGGAGAGAACAACAUUUCGUUGA